AUGGAGAGUGGAAAGCGUCUCCCCGGGCCCCGACCCCUUCAGUCCCUGGGCCCCUGGGCUUGGCUUGGCCAACGCCUCCCUGGGCUGAGCUUGGGGAGAAAAGGGGAGCUUUACAAAGGACCCGCAGCCGAUGAGUGGCCCCAGGUCGCCCCCCAGUGGCCACCACGGGAGUGGGAGGCCCGAAUCCCCACGCCGCGCCUGCCACCGCCGCUUCGCAAACCCAGCGCCGCGUGUGGUUCAGUUACAGAAAAGCAGCCGGAGCCAGAGAUCGACGUUGAGUGCCUCCUGCUUUCAGCGUCCAAGAUCCUCAACUCCUCGGAGGGGGUGAAAGAGAGUGGUGGCAAUGGAUCAGACUAUGGCUGCAUAUCAGAAUCUGAAAAUAAAAGUCAACCACAAUCAGCAUUAAAAGUUCUCCAGCAUCAGCUAGAAUCAUUUCAAGCUCUCCGAAUACAGACUUUGCAGAAUGUUAGCAUGGUACAAUCUGAAAUCAGUGAAAUAUUGAACAAAAGUAUCACGGAUGUAGAAAAUGCACAACUUAGCUCAGAAAAAAAUCUAAAAUUCAACGCACACAUUGAUAAGGCUUUGCCUAUAAAGAAUCAAGAAAAAAUCCUCUCCACAGAGAAAAUUCAUCAUUUUGAAGAUUCUAUGACUCUUCAAACAGUGGAAGAAAAAUACAGUAAUACUAACGUUAACAGUAUCUCUUCAGAUAUAAAUAUUCUUUGCAAGACUGAUCUUAACAACAUAUUAAAUUUGAGAUCUUCAGUGGAUAACUCCGUUUCUAACACAAUUGUGAAUUCUUCCAAAAAUUCUGACACGUUAAAUAAUUACACUAACCUUUAUUUUUCACCUAAUGUAUCUCAAAAUGUGAUGUCUCAAGCUGAUACUGUAAGUUUGGAUCAAUCCAAAAUCACUGUGCCUUUCUUCAAACAUGGAUUUUGUGAAAAUUUAGAUGACAUUUGCCAUUCCAUCAAGCAAAUGAAAGAAGAGCUUCAAAAGUCAUAUGACAGGGAACUAAAACUUACAAAUGAACUUCAAGUUUUAAAAGCUGGUAAAAAUGUUCAAAGUAAUUAUAAAUAUGACCCCAUUAACAAAGAAAAAAUUAACUUUCUUAAGGAAGAAUCUAACUUAAGUGAGGAUAUGAAAUCAAGGAGAAUCUUAGAAUUAGAGGCUCUAGUACACAAAUUACUCCCACUUAGGGAAACAGUGUCCAAAUUUCAUGUAAAUUUUUGUAGGAAAUGUAAAAAGUUAUCUAAAAAUGAAAUACAACGGGAAAGAAAAAAUGAGAAAAACAAAGAAAUUCCUCUCACCAGUAAGAAUAUUACAGAUUUAAAACUUCACUCCAGAGUUCCAAGACACACUCUGUCUUUCUUUGAGCCAACAGAGUAUGAAGUGGAAAACAAAGAAAAGCAACCAUUUAUUGUAAAACAAGAACCAAUAUUUGAUAAUGAAAAAACAUCUAAAGUUAAUUCUGUUACUGAUCAGUGUAUUACAAAACUCCAGUACUUACAGAAUUACCUAAAAGAAUCUUUGAAGGUACAAAAAAAGGUAACACAACUAGAGAAUGAAAAUCUAAACCUCAAAAACAAAAUAAAACCUCUUGUCUUUACCACACAAGCUUUACUACAGAAAAUUGAAACAUAUGAGAAGCAAAUUAAUGAUUUGGUUGAAGAAAAGAACACUAUUCUAUCCAAGAUGGUCAAAACAGAAGAUGAUGGCAAGGAAUAUCUGAAAGAAUUGAAAAAAAUUGUAAGUAAAUAUAAUGUUCUCCAAGAACAAAAUAAAACUUUAGAGGAAAAAAAUAGUCAACUUUCUUUGGAGAAGCAACAAAUAACAGAAACAUUGGAUUAUCUGAAAAAUAAGGAACAAAAAGCUCAAAAUGAUAUGGUGAUUAUCAAUAAUGAAAAAAAUAGAAUGAGCAUAGAAGUAGAAUCAAUGAAAAGCGAUAUUCUAUUGAUUCAAAAUGAAAAUGGAGCGUUAGAGACAAAAACAUACCAGCUUCUAAAGGAAAAAGAUUCUCUUGAAAAUGAACUUAAAGAAAAUCAGCUAGAGAUAAUGCAGCUAAAAGAAAGAGAAAGACUGGCAAAAACUGAACAAGAGGCACUUCUUCAAAUAAUCGAAACAGUUAAAAAUGAAAAAUUUGCUCUUGAAGAAACAUUACAUGAUUCUACUGUUGCUAGACAAAUCAUAGAAAGACAAGUUGAGACUAUUCAAACGUACCAAUCUACUGCAAAAGAGAAUUUUCUGAAAGAAAUUAGAAAUGCAAAAUCAGAAGCAAAUGCUUAUAAGAAUAGUUUGGCAGAAAUGGAAAAUAAAUGUGAAAUGUUAUCAAAUCUGGUCAUGGAAAUUAAAACAGAUAAUCAGAUCCUAAGAGAAGAACUAAAAAAAUUUAGUCAAGAAAGUAUACAACUUGAAAACAGCAUUAGCAGACUUGAGGAAGACAAAAUACUAUUAGAAAACUAUGUAAGAAGUAUAGAAAAUGAAAGGAAUGCAUUGGAAUUUGAGAUGAAGAAUCUUAAUAGAGAAUAUGUAAAUCUAAGUGAAAAAAUGUGUGGUCAGCAUAGUGAUGUCUCAAAAAUGGAUUACAUUCCAAGAAGAGAAAAAUUCCAUUUUGAAGUCCAUGAUACUUAUGAAGAUACCACUGGUCCUAUGAAUAAACCUUUAGCUCCUGAUUUGAAAGGAAUUCCAAGUAAACGCCAUCAGUUACUUUCGCCCAAGAUAUGUAAAUAA